GCGGCCCGCCUCUCGGCUCGGAGGUAGGCUGAGACGGGAGGGUCCUCGGCUAAAACCAAAGGCGGAUCAAAGUGGUGGGACUCGCGCCGCGGCCGCGGAGACGAGAAGGCCCUCCGCACUCCUCCUCGGCAUCCGGGUCGGUGCUCGCCCUCGCUGUCCUGUCCCCGGCCCCAUGGAGAAGACGGAGCUGAUCCAGAAGGCCAAGCUGGCCGAGCAGGCCGAGCGCUACGACGACAUGGCCACCUGCAUGAAGGCCGUGACGGAGCAGGGCGCCGAGCUGUCCAACGAGGAGCGCAACCUGCUCUCGGUGGCCUACAAGAACGUGGUCGGGGGCCGCAGGUCCGCCUGGAGGGUCAUCUCGAGCAUCGAGCAGAAGACCGACACCUCCGACAAGAAGCUGCAGUUGAUUAAGGACUAUCGGGAGAAAGUGGAGUCCGAACUGCGCUCCAUCUGCACCACGGUCCUGGAAUUGUUGGAUAAGUAUUUAAUAGCCAAUGCAACUAAUCCAGAGAGUAAGGUCUUCUAUCUGAAGAUGAAGGGGGAUUACUUCCGGUACCUUGCUGAAGUUGCUUGUGGUGAUGAUCGGAAACAAACGAUAGAUAAUUCCCAAGGAGCUUACCAAGAGGCUUUUGAUAUAAGCAAGAAAGAGAUGCAACCCACACACCCAAUCCGCCUGGGGCUGGCUCUUAACUUUUCUGUAUUUUACUAUGAGAUCCUUAAUAACCCAGAACUUGCCUGCACACUGGCUAAAACGGCUUUUGAUGAGGCCAUUGCAGAGCUUGAUACACUGAAUGAAGACUCAUACAAAGACAGCACCCUCAUCAUGCAGUUGCUUAGAGACAACCUAACAUUAUGGACAUCAGACAGUGCAGGAGAAGAAUGUGACGCGGCAGAAGGGGCAGAGAACUAAGUGCAUACAGGGUGUCAUCCUUCUUCCCCUCAAGAAACCUUUUUACUCAUCUCCAUUCCUUAUUCCAUUUGGAUUUCCUAUAGCAAAGAAAC